AUGGCGACACCCUCCUUAUUUCUCAACUUCAAAUAUCUCCAACUUCUGAUCUUCUUGUUCGCAUCAAGGGCAUUUGCCAUUAGAAAAGAUACCAGUUUCCUAGAAACCCAAAUCUGCAGAACAACAGUUCAAGGAAGAUAUUUAAUAACCGAUCAUACAGGUUACGUAUGUGAUGCCCUAUCACUAGAUCCAAAAUCACACUGCUGUCGUCUAAAAAGAGAUCAAUACAGUUGCCAAGGCUGCAAUCUUGUUUCACAAUGCUGCAACUCCUAUGAAUACUGUGUUUCUUGCUGCCUAAAUCCUCAACGAACACAAAUUGAUCAAGCAACAAGGGUCAAAAUCGCCAAACCAGUAACUUCAGGGACUUAUUCAACUCUUUUCGAUUACUGUGCCGGAAGGUGUCGUCAUAAUUCCGAGAGUGUCGUUCAUGAAAACGCGUAUCUGAGUGAAUUCCAUCAUUGUUUUGCCCCACCAUCAAACAAUUCGGUCGGAAUCACUGAUUCCCAGAUUGAAGUCAGGCUGCUUGGGAUUAAUGUUAUUGUUGGUAAACAAGGGGAAUCGUGUGAUUCCGUUUGCAAAGCAGUUGGGCAAUCGUGUGUUGGGAGCAAAUUCGCACUUAUCAAUCAAUGUGAAAUUAUGCAAAAGUAUAUGAAAUGUAGAGGAUCAUGUCUUGCAAACCUUCAUUGCUUUCUUGUGAUGGAUCUCAUCAGUAUACAAGGAGACUUUGCCCCUGUGCUUAAGAUUCAUUUCCUACAUGAUGAUUGAUGAUUGAUGAUUGACCCAAUUCAAGUGUGAAUCACAAAGUGAGGCUGCUUGCAUUAUGAGAAGAACUGAAGAAGAAAGAUGAUUGUGUUGUAUGAUGAAUGUAAUGCUACCAAAAAGAUCAGGUUAGUUAAAAGUUGUGUACUUGUCAUCAAUCUAAAUCCAUUACUAACUUGAUGAUGAUCGAAUGGGAAGGUGUAGUAAAGUUUUGUGUUAGCCAGAAAACAUUUUUUUUAUUAAUGAAAAUUCUUUACUCAUGAUAAAGUAUUUGGUGCA